UGAAGCCGUCCUGGGGCUCUGGCUCCUCACUGAGGCGCUCCGGGAUGCUCUCUCUCCUUUCUAAGGCGGUCUCCUACUUCUGGAGACGCGCAGGUGGUGAAGAUGAGAGAGGGGCGACCUCUGAUGAAAAAGCAUUGAAAACAGUACAAGGAGUAGUGACAAGACUUUGCCAUGAUUAUGGGAUGAUAGAUGACACAAUAGUCUUCACAAAGGAUGUUGUUACAAAAAACAUGUUGCUGGCUGUUGGACAAGAAGUUAUUGCCACUGUGGAAGAGGAUAAAACAUCAGGUGGCCUGAAGGCUGUCAGGGUAGACACCAUCCAGAGUACCCAAGAAGAGUCCAGUCCUACUUGUGAUGCCUCUGAACUAAAUCAGAAAACAUUAAUUGGCAAUAUUACCUCUCUCUCUGUGGAUGGUGGCUAUAUUAAUCAGAAUACAUACUUUGCAAUGCAAAACGUCUGGGAAGAUUUCAAACCUUGUGAAGGGGACUGGGUGCAAGCUAAAUAUUAUAUUAACUCGACAACAUGGAAGACUGAGGCAGUUGCUGUAAGGCCUUUGAGGUAUAAACAAGUAAACAAGGUUCGCAUUUCCAGCAUCUGUGGCAGAGCUGGGACAAUAGAUGACAGCAUAUUUUUCACUUUGGAUUCACUGAGACUUCCUAAUGGCUACCUACCUCGGAGACAUGAUCUAGUGAACACGAUUGUGGUGGAGAGCAGCCAGUCCUGUUACAUUUGGAGAGCUCUCUGCUUGGUGCCAGUCAGCCAGGAUGGACAGUCUCACUCUAAUGAAGGUAAUGUGGAUGAACCUUAUGAAGACAUAAUGAGAGACAAAGGAGAGUUGAAAGUAUCAAGAAUGACUGACUUUGGAACUCUGAAGCAGGGGGAAUCUAAAAGAAUGAUGGUCUGGAUAGAGAAUAAAGGGAGCAUACCACAGUCCUUAAUCAGCUGCAGAUUAGCUGGAUGGGUGAAAGACAAGCAAUUCAGUAUUGAGAUUCCUCAAAACUGUGAAAACAGUCCAUCUUUUCCAAUAAAUCAAGAAAACCUCUCAAAAGCUGCAAUUAAUUCAUUUAACAACAGUGAAGGAGCAUGUGAGUCAUUGAACCAUACAUCCAUUAUGAAGAAUGGAGUCAUUCCAGGUACAGUGAAAUGA